AUGAGCGGCCUGACCGACUUGGUGCCACCAAACGAGAACGAUCCUCUCCUUUUAACACCCACCAACACGACCGACCAUGCUAUCUUGACACCGGCAACAAUCGUCACAGAUAAGAACCAGGAUCAAGAUAACUCACAACAAUCUCACAACAAUAAGCCCUGCGAUGGUUCAGAUCAUCCUUUCUGUUCGAGAUACGCAAAUAAGAAAGUGUUGGGUCAAUACAUCCCCGAAAUCGACGAGAAUUAUGUGCGCUCUAAAUUACGCAAGACCGCGGCAUCCAAACGAUCCAAAAUGCUUCGUAACCAAUUCAUCACGGCCACUAUUAUCGGUUUAGCAAAUAUAGCGACACUAGUUUGUGUUUGGGUAUACUUCCCCCCAGAUUCGCGAGGCAUAGGAACGUUACGUAUGGGUGACUGCUCCGAGGUAACAACUAUCGACAGCGCGAUACAUAUGGUUCUGAACGUGGUAUCGUCCCUGUUUCUCGGUGCUGGCAGCUAUUGUAUGCAAAUCUUGGUCGCUCCGUCUCGACGGGAGAUGGAUGACGCGCAUUCUCGCGGUAUCUCUCUCGAUAUUGGGGAGUAUGAUUCUGAUAUUUGCUAUGCGCUGUCUCCCAGUUGGAAUUCCCUCACUUUUACCUCGACCCCAGUCGUGAGUUAUGCAUCGGCUACCGUUACAAGCGACUUCCAGGCAGUAGGACGUGAUUGGGCCUCAGAUCCUCCCCGACAGAUAUCUUCUGGACACGACUGGUCUCCGGUGUAUGACCUAUACUCCCAGAUGGCCAAUUUCACACGCCUGGACAAGCAAGAGUGCAUUGAUUCAUACAUCGACCCUCUGAAAACCAAGAAGCCCGUGAUUGUCGUUACAUCUAACGUCACAACGGCCCAGAAUGAUAAUAGCCCUGUCAUUAGUGGUUGGGUCACAGGGUGGGACGUUUAG